AUGCGUCAUUUCUGGGAGGCCAUAAGAGACUCGAUCAAAAAAGUCCUGACUGAGCUUUCUCUGCCUAUGGUUGCAGCUGAGAUUCUCAAGGACAAAAUCAAUUUGCUCCACCGCGAAACAGGAUUUCAAGAAGAAAUCCUGGCACUUUAUGAAUUGGCCUCUGCGUACCCUCGAUCCGAGAACAUAUCGAUCGAGCCAUUGCCGAGUUACUGUGCCGAAGACCAGCAGCACAAACCAUCCUCUCUUGUCGCUCUCGCCAGUUCCAGUCUUUCCUCUCCCAUCAUAGUCGUGAAUACACCCCCAGCAACUCAGCAACUUAGGGCUCCGGCCAAGACCAGCAGGGCAACGCUAAGGGUACCCAGAACACCAACUCGAUAA